UUCCCAGCCCAUCACCACCAGGUCUUCAGCCCUGUCUUUUACCAGAAAUGGCUGCAACCUUUGACUAUCUCAGUUUCUCAGUGAGGAGAAUGUGGAGUGUUAAGUGUGACUGGCCCACAGGAGCAUAGCUGCCUGCUUUGUAAAAUGUUCCGGUAAAUAAACAUGGCCCGGAGGUAAAUUAGCAUACUCUUCCCCCCCCACCUCCGGGCUCUUCAAUAGUAUCAACAUGUCACCCUUUUACUCCAUGGAGGCAUCCUCUGCCCUGACCCCCUUUUGGCCCUGCACUCCAUUUGGUAUCUGGGUUUAGGGGACUAAAUCUGCAGAAGUCAGGGACAGACACUUGCCAAGGCUCCAGGUGACCACUCCUGCUUGACUCCGCCCCACAGAAAGAAGGUGAGGAAGGGGGCGGGGCUGGUGGUGGUGGUCAGCAGGAUUGGUGAGUACACUGGCCCUUUUGGUCAGUCCCAUACCUAUCAGUCUCCUAUGUGUCAGCUAUCUCUGCGCCGGCCAAUAAUGCUGUUACUGCUGCUGUUGCUGCUGGGACCUGGAUCCCGACUCAGCGAGGCAACCAGGAGGUACAAGCGUGGACUCCUGGAACUGGCAGGGACCUUGGAUUGUGUUGGUCCUCGAUCACCUUUGGCCUACAUGAACUAUGGCUGUUAUUGUGGCCUCGGUGGCCAUGGAGAGCCACGUGAUGCCAUUGACUGGUGCUGCCGUCAUCACGACUGCUGCUAUUCUGGCGCUCAGGAGGCUGGCUGCAACCCCAAGAUGGACCGCUACCCAUGGCGAUGCAUCGACCAUCACAUCCAGUGUGGACCAGUGGAGAACAAAUGUCAAGAACUCUUGUGCACAUGUGACAAGGAACUUGCUUACUGCCUCGUAGGGACAGAGUACCACCUGAAAUACCUCUUCUACCCCUCGGUUUUAUGUGAAAAGAACUCACCUAAGUGUGACUGA